AUUGCAAUCCCCUUCCCCUUCCCCUUCCAAGAAUACGAUCACUACUGUGAAACAGAAAAAGAAAACAAUGAUCGACUUCACCCUCUCCAAAGAGCAGCACCAGCUCCGCGCCGGCGCGGCCGCCUUCGCGGAGGCACACCUCCGGCCCGCGCGCGAGGCCUACUCGCAGCACGCAACCCAAGAGGCCCGGUUCCGCGCGACCCGGCCCGCCUACGAGGCCGCGGUGCAGGCGGGCCUGAUAAAGGGCCAGGUACCCGCGGCACUGGGCGGGUCCGCGCAGGGCCUCGUCGACGCGGCGAUCCUGGUGGAGGAGUUCUUCGCCGUCGAGCCGUCAGCGGCGCUGACGAUCCUCGGCACGGGGCUGGGGCUGACGCCGUUUAUCAUCGCCGCGAGCGAGGAGCAGCGGGCGCGGCUGCUCCCGCCGUUCCUGAGCGGCGAGGGGGCGCCGCUCGCGAGCUUCGUGCACUCUGAGCCCGGCGGGACGGCGAACUGGCUCGAGAGGGGGGCCAAGGGGCUGGGCACGACGGCGAGGCGGGAGGGGGGUGCGUGGGUUGUGAGCGGGGAGAAGAUGUGGACUACCAACAGCGGCGGGUGGGACGGCAAGGGCGCGGACCUGCAGUGUGUUGUCUGCCGGCACUCGGACUCGGAGGACGGCGGCCCCCCGGACCCGGCCCGGGAUCCCGCGGGGGACAUCCUCAUCCUGCUGGUGACGCCCGACGUGAUCGCCGCCAACGAGCCCGGGGCGUACGAGGUGCUCGGCGAGCAGGAGCUGGCCGGCUUCCCCUCGGCGUCGGGCCCCCACAGCCGCUUCACGAACCUCCGCGUGCCGGGCGCGAACCUGCUCUGCCCGCCGGGCAAGGGCGCCCAGGUCGUCGAGCAGACCUUUGGCUCGUCGGCUGCGCUGGUGGGCGCGAUGGGCGUGGGGAUCAUGCGGGCGGCCUUCGACGCGGCGCUCAAGUUCGCCGGGGAGGACACGCGCGGGGGCAGCGCGCCGGUCCUGGGGCGGCAGAGCGUCGCGGACCUGCUGAUCGACAUCAAGAUACGGGCCGAGGCGGGCCGGCUGCUGACGUGGAAGGCGCUGCAUGCCAUCGAGAACGGGCCUGGGGGCUGGAAGGCCAGGCUCGAGCUGGCCCUCGAGGCCAAGAUCUACUCGUCCGAGGCCGCGGUGCAGAGUGUUGUGGACGCCAUGAAGGCCGUUGGGAUAACAUCUUAUGCGAAGACGCAGCCCUUCUCCAGGCUGCUCAACGACGCCAUGGUCCUGCCCAUAUUCGAUGGCGGGAAUGUCGGCGUCAGAAGGCGGCAGAUUGAGAAGAUCUUCCAGGACGCCGGAUACCAGCCGUGGGAGGCUACAUAUGGGUCAUGAUAUUGAUAAUUCAGCUUAGUCUUGUGCUGUCAGUAUUGUUAAUAACCGACAUAUGGAAGGAUACCAAGGUAACAGGGGAGGGAACGCUCGUGUUUUGUUUUCACCAGAUACAAAAACGAAAUGAGCUAGCAAUAUUGGUAACUUGAAAUCUGAGCGACUGUCUGC